AUGUCAUGGAGCAUCUUAAUAUGCGCACUAGAUGUUUUUUUGGGUACAUUGGAUGUAUGGGGACAUGUUUUUUAUUCAUCUCAACGUGCCGCCGCAGUGCCUCGGGUGCAACGUGUACCUCACAUAGUCCUGUCGUCCCCCUCGUCCCUCUCCCAUCCCUCAGUGGAUCGUGAUGCCAUCCUUUUGGGCAAGUCGAAUGCGAUACAGACCAUGUCGACGACCAUACCGUUCAUCAUCAAGCAUGUUUUCACUUCGCCUGUAGUCAUCUUUGUCAAUAGCGCGCUCUCCACAGAAAAGCCAGAGCUCACCGUCAUCAAUAAGAACCAUCCUCGAUACGACAAUGCUGCGAGAUCGUUGGCAGAUGAGUCUGUCCUCCAUGUCUACAAGGCCGUUUUCUACAAUAUUCCAGUACAAGUCAAACCCCGUCAAGAAGUCUUCUGUGUGACGCGUGGGGCUUUCAUCGGUUUAGUGGCAGGCUGGGAAAAUGCACUUAACUGUGUUCUGGGCGUCCCUGGCGCUGUUCACUUUCGCGUUGAUUCCAUCGCAAGUGGGGAAGAAAUUUUCAGAAAUGCUAUUGAUCAAGGAUCUAUUUGUCACAACCCUUUAAACGAAUUAACGCUGGGGCAGAGACUAGGACUCAAACUAAGGUUAUCUAACAGAGAGAAGAGGAUAGCAGGGACGUCUUAG